AUGGAGAGGCAUUCUCAUCGACGACGGUCCCAAGGCAAGGUCCAGGUCAAGCUGGAGGAUCAAGUCGGCAGCCCGGACCAGAGCCUUACAAGCAGGGUGCUGCAGGUCCCAGUCAACCUCUUCUUCGACUUGCUCUCCACAGCAUUCCGCUUGCUGCGUCCUCUAGUGCCAUAUAUUGUGCCUUUGGCUAUUGCUGGAUUUAUCAUCCCCGUACUAGUUCUGUUCUCUGCAUCCGCUGGAUGGUAUGUGUGGAAGAAUGUGGCGGUAGGCUGGGAGACGGAACUCUACCUUCAGUACGGGGAUGGGCCUGUUCCCUACGCUGAAACCGCUUUACCCCCACUGGUCCCGUUGCAGCCAUAUGAUAUCUCCCUUCGCCUCGUUGUCCCAGCCACGGAAUCAAAUUACGCUCUCGGAAACUUCAUGAGCUCUCUAAGACUUACCAGCCCUGCGAAUGAAACUCUAACCUCCGUUCGAAGACCAGCUUUAGUCCUUCCUCCUUCCAAGAAGCUACCGAUCCCUUUCUUUUCAUCGAAACCUGACACGACUGGUGUAGAGUUGCACCUGCUGUCUUCUUUUGUUCCUGGCGCGCGUAAUACAUUCGCAAGAGUAGAGCUUGGGAGGAACGAUGCAUGGAAGAGUAUUGGCAGCGGGCAAGGUCGCGAAUUAACAGUUGUUUCGGCCUCUUUGACAGGUGUCCUCGUCCAUAAGGGCGUGAGGGGCCUUGUAACGCGAUACCCAAUUAUCUCAGCGAGCAUAGCGUCCAGCAUCUUCCUUGUAGCGUCUUUCGCAGCGUUCGCAGCAUGCAUGCUGCCUGUUCUCGCAUCCCGUGUUCCCGAGGAGCCGCCUGCAGAAGGGGAGAAGAACGCCAUUGCCCCACCAGCUGCGUUAGGUCCUGAGCCGGGCGCAGACGAGAAGCCGACCCGGCGUCGCAGGACGUCUCGACGAAGCAGGAGCCAUGCCAGUCGUACUCACGAAGCUACUCCGGCUGCUGAAGCGCCAGAAAGUGCGAUCCCUUCAGCGAACGACGGGCAGACACCCCUUCGACGUCGGCGAUCACGUCUAUCGGACUCAAACGUGCAGUCGGAGUCCGAUUGAUAGACUUAGUCCCUGUCGUGUAAACUAUUCACGCUUGCUAAUCUAAUACCGUUGGGUUUGGGAUUGCGUGGAC